AUUAAUUUCUUGUAAUAUGCCCGAGGAUAUUCUAAAGGAUACGUUUAUUAAAAAGGAGCAAGGACACGAUUUAAAGAUCUCUUUAAUUUCUAGUGUUAUUGAUUCAAAUUCUUGUGUUAAACCAGAGAAAAAGUAAAUAGUAUUUUUCUUUUAUAAGUUUAUUUCUGAAAAUUUAUUUACAAAAGUUUUGAAAAUGACAAACAACAAGCUUUGGUUCCGUGGUGUAAGACCAUCAAAAUUUCGACAUGUGUACGGAUUACCAUCAAGAAAAGAAUCAUGUUAUACAGAUGUAAAUGUUGUAAGAAAUACGAAUGAUGGACAUGUUUGCGCAGCAAAUCCAAAAUUUUUAGCAUUAGCUGUUGAUUCCACAUUUGCGAUUAUAUCCGCGAGCCAAACUGGACGAAUAGAUUUCCAAUCAUGCAAAAUAAUUGGGCAUUUUGGACAAAUUACAGAUCUCAAAUGGAAUCCCUUUAAUGAUAACAUUAUUGCAUCUGCUGCAGAUGAUUGUACCAUUAAAAUUUGGGAAAUUCCUGAAAAUGGUCUUACAUCAAACAUGGAUGAAUUCAAAAUUGAACUACUUGGUCAUAAAAGGAAAGUACUUCAAAUUGAGUGGCAUCCAACAGCCGAUGACAUUUUAUUUUCUAUUGGUUUCGAUAAUUUGGUUUUAAUUUGGGAUUUAACAAAGCCAAAUGAAAUUCUUAGCACAAUUAACUGCCACACUGAUACAAUUUAUUCUCUGGCUAUUAAUCGUGAUGGAUCUUAUAUAGCCACAACAUCCAAAGACAAAAAACUACGCAUUAUAGAACCAAGAAGUGCUAUAGUAGUAUCUGAAGGUAUUUGUCAUGCUAGUACUAAAUGUACCAAAGUUGUAUUUCUGGAUUAUGGAAAAGUGUUGACAACCGGUUUUUCUCGUCAUUCUGAUAGACAAUAUGCUUUAUGGGAUCAACAUGACUUAAAAACUCCAUUAGUUCAAGAAGUUGUGGAUAGUUCCUCAGGUGUUAUCACCCCAUAUUAUGAUUACGAUACCAAAAUGCUAUAUUUAGCUGGAAAAGGUGAUGGUAACAUAAGGUACUAUGAAAUUGUUGAUGAACCACCAUAUAUUUAUUAUUUGAAUCAAUUUUUAUCUGGUCAACCACAAAAAGCUUUAGGUGUAUUACCUAAACGAGGACUAAAUGUUCAACAAUGUGAAAUAUUUCGCUUUUAUAAAAUAUAUGCAUCUGGUAAUAUUUGUGAACCGAUAUCAAUGAUUGUUCCAAGAAAAUCUGCAGGAUUUCAAAGUGAUUUGUAUCCAGAUACAGCGGCAAUGAAACCAGCUACAACAGCAGCUGAAUGGUUGUCUGGCCGAAAUAUUCAGCCAAUAACGAUGUCCUUAGCUUUCGGUAAGGUUUCAAUGCGUACCUCAAAUCCAUUAAAUCAAAUAAAUGUUUUGUUUUUGUAUUAAAAAUUUUUAGAGCAAAAUCAUCAAGAUAACAGUAUUGUAACAAAUGGCAACGAUGAAAAAAAUUAUAAAAAAAAUAUUGAUAAAUAUGAAAUUGAAAAAAUGUCGGCAAAGAAAGUUGAUAAUAAUUCGAAAAAAUUUGCAUUUUUAUCUCGUGAAACGGUUCCAGAUUACCGUCCGAACUUUGAUAAAAGUUUUAAAACUUCAACAAAUGAAAGCACAAAAUUUAACAAAUUACAAGCUGCAUUUACUCAUCAAACUAUGAAGGAGAUUUCAAAUUAUCAAAAUACUUUGAUAAGUUCUAAAGAUUCUUACGAAAAUAUACCUUUAAAUUUAACUGAAAAAGAGUUACGUAAAGCUUAUGGAUGUCAAGCAGAAGAGAUUAAAAAUCUUAAAAACCAAUUAAUGUGUUCCGAAAAACGUGUUCAAGAAUUGGAACUGGAAAUAAAACGUUUAACUGCUUCCAAAUGAAUGAAAAAAAAAGAAGUUUUUUUUUUCUUUUAAAUUAAAUGAACCAUAGUUUAAAAAUAAUAGAGAAAUUUUUGUUUUAUAAAAUUUUCUUUUUGCUAUAAAAGAACGCUAAUCAUUAUCAUGGUGUCAACAGAACGAAUUUUUAUUUUUUUUUUUUUAAAUAGUUUAGAAAACAAAAUUUUAAAAAUGAUAUAAAAAUUGUGAUGUAUUUUUAUACAAAAAUAAUAAUUUUUUAUUAG